CAGGGGGGGAAUUGGAUUUGGGGGCAGAACCAUCAUGGGAAAACCAACCGUCGCCUUGGUUCAACUCCUACAAGAGUAAACUUGUGUCCCGCUGGUACCUCUGCUGCUUUGACCACGAGAGAAGACGAUGCAUUCCUCCUCUUCCUCCUCCUCGUCUUCCGUCGAGAUCAUCGACGCCGACGCUUUCUCCUCUCCCUCCGCCGACGACGCCGCCGCCGCCGUCGACUCACCGCCCGCGCCCUCGAGGUCCAUCGCGGAUCGCAUCGCCUCGUCACUGCGCACGCAGGAAGCCGUCGACGCGCUCUGCAAGAAGCACGGCGUCCCCAAGGGGUUCGCCGCGCGCCCCGCCGGCGACCUCCGCGCGUGCUCGACGCCGCCGCCGGGGGCCGUGUGCGUGUACAAGGACGCGCUGGAGGCCGGGAUGCGCGUUCCGCUGCACCCCUUCGCCUGCGACGUGCUCCGGCACUUCGGCCUCGCGCCGAGCGAGGUCACGCCCAACGGGUGGCGCAUCAUGGCCGGCUUCCUCGUGCUCUCCCACCACGCCGGCGUGCCGCCGUCGCUCGCCGUGUUCCGGCACUUCUUCAAGCUGUGCUUGUUCAAGUCGAACGGCUGGUACCACUUCCGCGGCAAGGACACCGUCGGGUUGCUCUUCACGGGGAUGCCCACACACCUCAAAGGUUGGAAGGAAGGUUUCUUCUUCUUGUCGUCGUCGGCGCCGUGGCCGUGCCAGGUGCGGUGGGGUGGGCCGCCGUCCAAGAGCUCCAUCGCCGAUCCGGUGCUCACCGGUGAGGAGGAGAAAUGGGCGGCGAAGCUUCUGGACAAGCACCGCGCCGCGGUUGAUCUCAGGACGUAUCUCACCGAGAGCAACCUCGCCGCCGCAUUCUCCUCCAACCCCGCCGCCGCCGCGUCGCCGCAGCCGCCGCCGCCUUCUCGUUCUACUAGGGCCGAAGGGAUGGACCCGUCAGUCUUUGAGAUGAUGAUGAGCAUGCGGGCGGAGAAGGCGGCCGCGGCGCAGGCACCGGCGACGGCGCAGAAGGUGAAGACCGAGCCGGAGAGCGACACGCCGCGGUGUUCGCCGUCGUCGGUGAAGAAGAGGAAGUUUGAAGCAGAGGCCAAUGCGAAAGACGGGACGCCACCUACUCCCCAUGGCUUCUCGUGCUCGGCCUCCGGCCUGUCUUCCCCGCCGCCGGGAUUCUCCGCGCAGAAGCCGACGGCGAGCGACCAAGAUCGGAAGCCUAUGUUCUCCGCGCAGAAACCGACGGCGAGCGACCAUGAUCGUACGCCGGGGCACGUGCCCGACAAGCACGACGGCGACACGGCCGACUGGAAGGCCGCGCGGCAGCUGCUUCAGGGCAUCGUCACGCCGUCGCGGGAGCGCCAGUUCCCGGCGGCGAAGCCCUCCGACGUCGUCGCGUCGAGCUACGUCACGCUGCUCCAGGCGGCGAACUACGCGACGUUCUCGCUGGACUACGCGCUGGAGCUGGAGGAGAGGCUGCGCGCGCGGGAGCGCGACGCCGCCGCGGAGGCGGACGCCAUGCGGAAGGAGGUCGAGGAGAAGGCGCAGCGCGGGCUCGCGGCGGCGAAGGCGGCGGCGGUGCAGGAGUACGUGCUGUCCGAGGAGCACAAGCGGGAGCUCGCGGCGCACGCGCUGGAGGGGUACGAGCGCGGCAUGGAGGACAUGAGGGGCGUCGCGCUCCGGCUGAGCCCGCGCCUCGACGCCGCGCGGCUCGUCGUGCCGCCGGGUCGGCCUGAUUGAUUAGGCGCCGCGGCGCGGCGCGCCACGCCGUUUGAGCUGUCUAAAAUCAACGCUAAUCUGCACGCGUCUUUAGAUUAUUAGGGAUUUUCGGUGUUUCAAGUUCAAUCCUCUAGCGUGUUUUUGGCUCAUAUGGACUACUCAAUUCCUAGUAAAGUGCCACACUCCUUUAAAAUACCUUAUAUUUUGAGACGAUUAGAGUAGAUUAUCUUAUAUUUUAGGAUAAAUGGAGUAGAUUAUAUUGGAUGAGGAUUAUUGUGGCACUUCUCAUCCGUUUAUCCCUCUCCCAUGCAAUUAUAGCAUUGACAUGUGGGCUUUACCUUUUUCUAAGGGAAUAAGUUCAUCUAAGGUCCCUUAACUUGUCAACGAAUCCGAUUUUCGUCCCUCGAAUGGAAAACCAGACACA